GGGAGACACAUUUGCCCACGGCGUUCCUAUUGGUUUAUUAGUGACGUGAUGACACGGAGGAGUUGGGCUUAACACUUUAUAAAGCUGCUCUGUCCGCGGCGAGCCGCUCUUUUAAUAAAGACCGCCGAGGCUGAAACUCCUUUAUCCACCCCAUCCACUGGAAGCAAGCGAAAACCCCUGCGAUACUUUCCACCAUGAGUGAGAGACAAGGAUCCGGGCCAGCUGCUGGCAACAACAAGACCUCUGGAGGAAAAGAUGAGUCCAAGGCGGACGUCCCAGAGGAUUUUGACAUUGACAUGGACGCCCCCGAGACCGAAAAGGCAGCGGUCACCAUCCAGUCCCAGUUCAGGAAGUUCCAGAAGAAGAAGCGCGUUGAGAAGUCCUAGUGAGCGUCAUGUUGAUCCGUUGCCGUGUGGGAGCGACGGCACUUUGACGCCGGUGUGACAUUUGCAUGUAAACAAAUUCAUACCUGUUGAAACUGAAGGGGUUGUGAGAGGGUUGGGGCGGGAAAGGGAAUGCAAUAGCCUGUUAAUCUUAAGACUAUGUCUGUGAAUUCUCAUUACCCUGUCAAUAUGAUUGCUAUUAUUUAUAAUUUCGAGCGCUGCAUUACUAGAUACGAGAGGAAAGUUAAAGAUUUCGGUUUCUGUCCUGCCAUAUAUGUUCCAUAUACCAUAACUUCUCUAUGUUUUUGUACUUAUCCUCAUAGUUUCAACUGUGCUAGCUCUUCCUGUUCUGUACCUAGGACUGUUUCCUGAGCCGAUGCUAAAGCUUGCUUUUAGGAAACCUAGCCAGGAACUUUUCAUUCAACCCUGAAGCAUUUUUCUUACCUGCAUGGUUCUGUCAAAGCUCUGUGUCAGUGUACAUUGAAUAAAUAAAAACUGUGUGGAAACCA